AUGGGUUUUACUAUCGCUCUAUUUGAUCCAUUCCGUUCCUAUGAACAUGAACUGAAAAAUUAUCCAGAUACCCUUAUCACACAAUUUCAUAGCAGAAGUGAAUUUUUACUUUACUUAUACUACUCACCAUUGAAAAUUAUGGAUGAAAAAAUGAGUUUUAUUAUGACGGAACAAUUGGCUGAAGCUCAAGUACCAAAAUUACAACAUUAUAUAACAACAAACAAUUUGGAUCCUGUCGAUGUGUAUGUAUAUACGCCAAAAAAUACCGGUACUACUACGGAAAAUAAUGCAAAAAAUAUACGCGAGACAUUUAUUCAAAAGUCAUUGCAUGAGUGUGAAAUUGUACGAGAAAUGUUUCACGAAAACGAAUUAAUGGAAAAAUUACGGCGUAUGGUAGAUAAUAUAACACAAUAA